AUGGUACAUGAAAGUCGCUUCAAACCAGGAAUAUAUUUAUCUCAAAGUCCUUCGAAAUGUUCUAUAGUAUUGAAUAAUGUGUUUAAAACACAUAAUAAUCAAAAUAUUUUCAAUGGAGUGAAUUUAAUUGCUCAUAGUGGUAAAAUAUGUGCUAUACUUGGUGAAAUUAACAGCGGUAAAUCUAUGCUACUUUCUUGUUUAGUUGGUGGGGAUAAAGUUGACAAAGGUCAUAUAUGGGUUCUCGGCGGUCAACCAAGAACAAAAAGCAGUAAAACUUUAACUAAAUACACUGGCUAUAUGCCUCAGGAAUUUUGUUUGUAUAAGACCAUGACAGUUUUAGAACUGUUUGCAUACUUUGGAAAUUUGUAUAAUAUUAAUCACAAAUUUAUUCUGUGGAGAAUCAGUUAUUACAAACACAUUUUUACCCUACCACCAAUUAAUUCUACUAUUAAAAAAUUAAGUUUCAGUGAAAAACGAAUGAUAUCGUUUAUGAUAGCCGUGUUCCACAGACCUCGAUUAGUGGUAUUAGACGAGCCUACUAUAGGACUUGACAUAUUUAAAAAAAAUCAAAUUUGGAAAUACUUGCAUCACAUGAUUAGUACAUGGAAACCAACAGUAGUUGUAGCCACCAAUAAUAUCGAAGAAGCAUUUUCAGCAACUAAGAUAGCGUAUUUAAAAAAUAGAAAAAUUAUAUUUGAAAGAGAAGUAAAGGAAUUGCAUCGAGCAAACCCAAAUAAGUCUAUAGAUGCAAUCAUAGAAGACCUUUACAUCAGUUUAACAUCUAUUAACAAAAACUCUUGGAUCAAUUCAAAUCAAUCUGAGACACCGCAUAAUAAAAAGCUAAGCAUUUAUAAGCAAUUAUAUCCAAGAUCAAGUAUUUGGAAGUUCAAAACCGUUAUUAUUCAAAAUAUUAAAUUUUUAACUAAAAAUUUUUGGAUGUUUGUGUUAUUAUGCGUGAUCCCAAUACUUCAAGUAUACUUGCAUUGCAUCUAUUAUGGAACAUAUCCUAAAUCCAUACCUAUUGCAGUUUAUAACCAAGAAACUGAUUGCGGUAAUAACCCAUGUAAACAUAUUGAAAAUUGUUCUUACUACUCAUGUCAUUUCUUGAAUAUUUUGAACCAAAACGGUGUUACAGUAAAUUAUUUUGAUUCUGAAUUUUUGGCUAAGAAUUCUAUAACAAAAGGAUCAACACUAGGAUUUAUGAAAAUUUCUAAAAACUACACAGUAGCAAUAGUUAAUAGUAUAACACAAAGCUCGACAAGAGAACGUGAAGAACUGUUAAAAUCUAAUAUAAAUUUUGAAAUAGACAUGUCAAGUAACCUAUACAUAAAUAUCAUUGUCACUAUGAUAAAAUUAUAUGUAAUCAAAUCCAAAUAUGCCUGGUGUUCAUAGACUUCGAAUUUGGGAAAUAUCUCAAACAAAAUAUAUUAAAAACUCAUAAACAACAUCUGAUUGACGUUUAUAGCCAGUACAAUCUGUCAAAAAAAUACGCCGAUAUUCCAUUUAAGAUAUACGAAUAUAAAAAUUUAAAUCUCGCCGAAAACACAGCAUCCAAAAUAAUAUCAUGGUAAUUUAAGAUUAUACAAUUAAUAUUACAAUAAUUUUCGAAACUUAAAAUUAUCAAUAACAAAUAUCAUAAAUCAGUGGUGUAUUUUAUGAAGAGCUAAGAAUAGUUACAA